AAUCACACCUAAUAAACAGCCGUAGCCAAACAGAGGGUGCGUAAAUUCCGUGCGUAAAACCUCCCCAAACCCUCAAAAAACCCUCUUUUAAAACACAACUCGAGACAGUUAACCCCCUUUUUCUCAAGUGUGCAAGUCUGGUAGCCAGCAUCUAACUCCAACAUGCAGAUAUUUACUUGUGUAGUGCCGUGAGAUUAUGGCACCAUGGCGCAUGUUAUUACAAACCUCUCCAGACUCUCCUCCCAUCCUGGGCGCUUUCCUCUAUUGGCUGCCUCCUUUCCACGCUGACAUCCAAAUCAUAUAAACCUGGGGGCCUCACACCUUCACUGGGGUCAAAUUUCUUGGGCAAAUCAGAGCAGCCUCUCCGGGAAACGGUCGCAAGAAAGAUACACAAGAGGAUUCCAGCACUUCACCGAAAUUUGCUUUCUGGAAUUAUAAACUUUUUCACGGCCUGUUUCACUUCGGCUGAAGUUACUUUCAGAAUGACGACGAUGUAAAAGUUGGUGGCUUCGUUUGGCUCGACUCGUUAAUGCAUUCAGGGGAAUACAUAUCUAAGUGUUGAAUGAGUUGUGCUGGCUGCAGAUCCCCGAGCAGAGACCGUUGUGGGGCAGCACCGGAGAGAGAUCGAGGGCGACGGAAAACACGACAACGACCCCAUUUGUUCCCCCGCUCGACAUGAACCUCAUCGGGGGCUACCAGCAUCACCACCACCUGAUGCACGAACCCUUCCCGUUCGUGCAGCGGUGUCAUCAAGAUGCGCCGUACUUCCAAAGCUGGGUGGUGAACCACGGCGAGAUGCCCCCGGACUUCCAGAUCCAGGCGCCCUACCCGGCCGUGGAGCACGGAGCGCCCGGAGCGACGCACGACGCCCGGCUGGAGGGGCUCCAGGCGGGGAUGGGGAAGAGGAGGACGUCGGGGCCAAAGAAAGAGCGAAGGCGGACGGAGAGCAUCAACACAGCUUUCGCCGAGCUGAGGGAGUGUAUCCCCAACGUCCCCGCGGACACAAAACUGUCUAAAAUUAAAACUUUACGCCUGGCGACCAGUUACAUCGCCUACCUGAUGGACGUCCUGGCCAAAGACACCGGAGAGACGGAGGGCUUUAAGGCCGAAAUUAAGAAAUUUGAAAACCGGGAUCUGAAAAGGAAACGAGAGCCGACUGACGGCCUGCAGGAGUCUUUAGGAGCCGAGAAGAAGGUGAAGGGCCGGACCGGGUGGCCGCAGCAGGUCUGGGCUCUGGAGCUCAACCAGUGACCCUGCCUCCUCCUCCUCCUCCUCCACCUUUUCUCCUUCCCCCCCUUUAAAAAACCUCCUCAGAGACUCUGGAUUCAAAUCAGAUAAAAACCACUGACUGACUGAACCUAAACACGCCGCUGUGCGCGCGUAAUGACGCGCGAAACAGGAGAGAAUGAAAGGACAGCAUGCAAACAAGGUGGGAGGGAAACAUCCCGAUGGACACCGCGUCGAUCCUCUUCUUCUUCUCUCCUGGUGUGGUGUUUAACUCGACACACGAGUCUGACUGUAGGUGUGUGAUAUUUGUGGUAUUUCUGCCUUUUGAUGUUUCCACCCCUGCAGUACUGUAGACCAGAUGUUGCCACAGUGUCAAAAACAUCUGUCUCCCCCCCAAAAAUGUGUUUUGAUCUGGUGUGGAGUGGUAGUGGUGUUUCCACAUCUGAUGGCGCUGGAGCGGAAAAUAAUAAAUAAAUUAUAACAAAUGACGAGUGGAGUAAAUGUAGAGUAUGUUGUGGUCUGUGAGGAGCGCCACUGGAGAGGUGCAGAAAAAUCAAAUAUGAAAAAUUAAUACCUUUUUACGCUUCUGGUUAUUCUUUCUGCCCGGGAUUUUUCUUUUUGUUGCGUAAAUUAUGCCAAAUCACAGUCACACGAGCUGCACAGCAGAAUUAUUAAACAUCAAUUUUCAGUGUGAGUUAGGCCUAACAGAAGAUGGCAGGUGUUAAAUGAUAUUUGUCCAACCGGAAGUCAGUUAUGACACUCAAAUAUAUUUAGAAACUGACAUUUUUUUUUAAAUUUAUUUUUUAUUUUUAUUUUACCGUGUGCUGUCACCUUGUUGUUAAUCCGUUGCCACGGGGUUAUGAAAUUAUCACGAAUAUGUUUUGCAUAAAUCGUGGUAUAUAUUUUUAUUUUAUUUCAUUCACAGGAUCUAAAAGAUUUUAGAGUUUGUAAAUUUUCAGCUGCAAAAACUUUACAAAAAAAAAUACAUCAAAUGCAUGGCAACGUCAUGUAAAAUCAGAACUUAAUAAUUAAAUAAUUAAAACAUUAAUGCAUUACCAGACAGUCUUCUUUGUGAUGUCAUAUCAUGUAAAAACGAAAAUGAUAUAAAAUAAAAACGAAUCCAGUAAUAAUUUCUGUCCCGGAAGCCGAGGCCAGAGGAAACACAUUUUUGAGGGGAAACGUUUUUAUUUUUAUUUUUUAUUUUUUGUCACUUUUUCAUUGCUGAAUAUGGCGCAGUCAGAAUAUUUAAAAUAUUAUUAACCCAUUAUUCUCGGUCAGAUAUGGUACUAAAGAAAAAAAGCUCAGAUGGAGUCCGUUGUUGAUGUUUCUUGUAGAAAAUUAUUGAAUUUACUGAAUCUACCUCAAAAUUAAUGUCACUGUGCGCUCUGAGACUGAGACACCGAAUGUUCCGUUAACGCACAGCUCUCACUCCGACAUGUUAAACACUAAAAGUAAAAAAGGAUUAAAGGUUUAUGACUGUGCGGAAUGUUUUUGGAAAUAUACAUUGGAUGUGAAGUUAUAUAUAGUUCCGUAAAUAAAUGAAUUAUUUUACGUCACUCCAGCUGUAGUGAAAGUGUUUCUUUAUUUUAUUUAACGGUCAGGGAAUUAAUGUCUUAUUAAGGAGACAUUGAUCCCUAAUAAUAAGGCGAUGUUAUUUUAUUGUUUUUUCUUUUUACUUAUUUAUGUGGCAAGAAACGAUUAUAA